AAAUGGCGGUCGAGUCGUGACUACUGUCAUUAAAGUCAUAAUAUUAAUGAGUAGAUAAUAAACAUUACCAUAAGUCACUAUGAUAUAACACAAUGGAGUGGAUUACAUGUUGUAAUCAUUUACAAUUAUUAUUAUAGUUUUCUUUCAAAUUAAAAAUUGUGUUCCUUCCACUGUAAUUACAGGUUGUUCUUUGAAGCCGUUAAUGUCUGUAAACAACUACUAUAAAUCGCCAUCAUUUAUUUCAAUCCUUUUUUGAAUACAAAAUCAUGGUUGUAUAAGAAUCGUAGUCGUAAUUUAUAGCGCGGUGGUUCUGUAGGAUUUUUUUUAAUUCUUGCAAAAGCAAACUUGUGACAGACAAAAGUAUAUCUUGAAGGGUAGUGUCUCUUUCAUUAUUCUAACAAAGUUUCAGAAAAUAUCAACAAGAUUGAAGACUGCAAAUCAAAAUUAAACAAUUUCAUCUGAACAUUGAAUUAUUUUAAAACUGAUUGCCAAUUCUACAAAAGCGUUAGAAUCCGCGGUUGUUACAUCAACCCUAAGCAUUUUUAUUUGUUUUUCUACACACAAAGGAACUACAAAGAACCUAUAAUUGUUUUAGUAAAUACCAAGGCACAAGCAAGCUAUACAAACCCCUCCGUGAAUUCAGUAUGUUUUAUGCUGAAGUCUGCGACACUUUAUCCUUAUAGUUUGCUAUUUGAUAAUAGUCAUGAUAUUUAUAAAAUCGAUUCUUACUCCAAUCGAAAUAUUACUUCAAACUAUUUUGUAUCGAUAUUUUCAAUCAUCGUACUGUAUCGCUUUUGUUUCUAGUGAAUUAUUCCGAUUUGAUUAUAAUAAAACCUUUGUUCAUAUUGAUCCAGAAGGAAGAAAUUUAACUAACGAUUUGCUGGAAGUUUCCGAAAUGGGAUGUUUAGAUUACAUAGUAAGAGUAAAUGAACCCAAAGAUUUUAUACAAAACUUCGAUAAAGUAGUUCAUUUGGGGAAUACUCGAAAAAGUGACAGAAAAAUAGUAUUUUUACCUGAAUCUUAUAAUAUCGAUGUAGUUGGGAAUUUGAUGGAAAUUUUAACAAUGAAGGAAACAACUUUUAUUCCAAAUGUUCUGAUAGUGGCACCAUCUACUAAUCAGUCAUGCGAAUCUUAUGAUUUGAUAACGCACAAAUACAUCGGAUUGUCAAAUCACAAUGAACCACUCUAUUUAGACCUGUGGAGUUCUUGCACCAAACAGUUUACUAAAAAUAAUAAUUUAUUCCCUCAUGACAUGUCAAAUAUGCACGGAAAAGUGGUCAAGGUGGCUUGUUUUACUUACAAGCCUUAUGUUUUGUUAGAUUUAAAUUCAACACUUGUGCCAUUCGGUCGAGAUGGAAUGGAAAUCAGAAUUAUUGAAGAGUUUUGCCGAUGGGUAAAUUGUUCAGUGGAAAUUGUUAGAGAUGAUAAGCACCAGUGGGGGGAAAUAUAUGAAAACAUGACCGGUGUUGGUGUUCUCGGCAGCUUGGUAGAAGACCGAGUGGAUCUCGGAAUAACGGCCCUAUAUUCCUGGUAUGAAGAAUAUUUAGCGCUGGAUUUUUCGGCUCCUUGUAUAAGAACUGGCAUAACCUGCAUUGCUCCGGCACCAAGGUUGCUGGCCAGCUGGGAAACUCCUUUCUUACCUUUCACCUUAUACAUGUGGAUUGCAAUAUUUUUUACGUUUUUGUAUGCCUCAUUUGCUCUGACUUUUGCACAAGGAGGCUCAACUAAAAAUGUUUUUCUCACAACGUUUGGUAUGAUGAUAACACAGUCACAAAGUGAUGUCGGUCAGUCAUGGAGGAUUCGCAGCAUAACUGGAUGGCUACUUAUCACUGGUUUGGUGCUGGACAAUGCGUACGGAGGCGGCUUGGCGUCUACCUUCACAGUGCCUAAGUAUGAGAAAUCAAUUGAUACAAUAAAAGACAUUGUGGAUAAAAAAAUGGAAUGGGGGGCAACGCACGAUGCUUGGAUAUUCUCGUUAGCUCUUUCACAAGAGACACAAAUUAAGCAAUUGGUAAAUCAAUUUAAAACAUAUUCCUUCGAAGAACUGGAGCGAAAGAGUUACUCUAGAAGCAUGGCGUUUAGUAUAGAGAAACUGCCUGCAGGUUAUUACGCCAUUGGGGAAUACAUAACAGAGAAAGCUGUAUUGGAUUUUACAAUAAUGUUGGAAGAUUUCUAUUACGAGCAAUGCGUUGUUAUGUUGCGGAAAAGUUCCGCCUACACAAACAAAAUGAAUGAAUUGAUAGGAAGACUUCACGAAUCCGGACUUUUGCUUGCAUGGGAGACACAGGUAGCGUUGACACAUUUGAAUUAUCAGGUUCAACUUGAAGUUAAAUUAUCUCGUUCUAAGAAAGAUGUUGAAAAGAUUGAACCACUUGCUUUACGUCAUGUUUUAGGGGUGUUCAUACUAUACGGCCUUGGGAUAAUAAUCUCCAUUGUGAUUUUUAUAUUAGAAAUAAUCAUUAACAAAAAU